AUGCCUUUAUUUACCCAAAACCCAUUUGACCAAGAUGUCGAAAAGGUAACGAAUGAAACAAACACAACAGACGACUGGGGCCUCAUCAUGGACAUAUGUGACAGAAUUGGAUCGACACCAAAUGGAGCAAAAGACAGCCUGAGAUCGAUCAUGAAAAGAGUCAACCACAAAGUGCCCCAUGUUGCAAUGCAGGCUCUAAAUUUGUUGGGGGCCUGUGUGGCAAACUGCGGCAAAAUAUUUCACCUCGAAGUCUGCUCCAGAGAGUUUGCCAGUGAAGUCCGAAGUGUCCUGAACAAGGCUCAUCCCAAAGUGGGCGAGAAGCUGAAGUCUCUGAUGGUGGAGUGGUGUGAGGAGUUCCAGAAAGACCCCCAGCUCAGCCUGAUCCCCGCCACCAUCAAGUCCCUGAAGGAGGAGGGAGUCAGCUUCCCCUCCGCCUCUGCACAGCAGGGCCCCAGUGCAAAGGUCAGUGCUCCUGCUGUAGCCAAAACAUCAGAAGAAGACGACCUUGCCAAAGCCAUCGAGCUGUCGCUGAAGGAGCAGAAGCAGCAGGUGGAGACCCGCCCUCUGGCCUCGGACCCUCCCCCCUACAGCGCUGUGGCGGCGGCGGCCAAGGAGAUGCCGAAAGUCCGGGCGCUUUACGACUUCGAGGCGGCUGAGGACAACGAGCUCACGUUUAAGGCCGGAGAGCUCGUCCUGGUCCUCGAUGACAGCGAUCCUAACUGGUGGAAAGGAGAGAACCACAGAGGAGUCGGACUUUUCCCUUCGAACUUCGUCACUACAAACCUCAACGAUGAACCCGAACCAGCUCUUUACGUGGAUAAAUCCAGCGCCCCCGAAGAAGUGAAUCUAGAGCCCAGAGCGGAGCCAGAGCCUGUGUAUAUUGAUGAGUCGAAGAUGGAUCAGACGCUGGCGCUUUUACAGAACGCCGACCCAGCAGAUCCCAGUCCGGACUCCACAGAGAUGCUGCUCCUCGAGGGAGCGUGUGAACAAAUGAACCCACUGAUAGACGAGAAACUGGAAGAAAUUGACAGGAAGCACUCGGAGCUGUCGGAGCUGAACGUGAAGGUGCUGGAGGCUUUGGAACUCUACAACAAACUGGUGAACGAAGCGCCAUACUACACUCCAUACUCCAAGAUGCAGCAGCAGCAGCAGCAGCAGCAUCAGUACCCUGCCACUACAGCCAUGUCCAUGCCGUACAUGGGACCAGCAGGAGCUCCGUACCUGCCCUCACCCAUGAACCAGGCACCCCCAGCACAGACCUACUCUCUGCCCGGAGACCAGCCCGCAUCGCUCUGCUCUCUGCCCCCACACGCCCCCCCGUCCAGCCAGACGCAGGCCUACAUGAGCAGUCCCAUGAACCCUCAGUACAUGCCUCCAGCCUCGUACGCCCCUCAGAACAUGGACAUGUCCAAUUACCCCCCCGCGUCCUACCCCAUGGCCCCCCCUCCCCUGCAGAGCCCCCCCCAGCAGCAGCAGCAGCAGGCGGCCUACUACCAACAACCUCUGCUUUAA